GUCGACUGUCGCACAUCAGACUACAUCUCUAUUACGUUCAAAAUUAAUACAUUGGAUUUAAAAGUCAUUAAAAAUAGAAACAUUUUUGAAGUGGAUUAUCACCGAUAAUCUUUGAACGCGCGCAUAUAAGAGAUCAGAGGACAGAAAAUUAAACAAUCAAGCAAAUACAACCAAACAACAAACAACAGGACCGAGAAACGACAAACAAGCAACAUAUUCCGACUACCCUAACUUAAGGAGAAACGGAAUGUGGUUUUUAAUAGCAUACGUGUGGGUCUCAAUGAUGAUUCAACUACAGUCUCCAGGAGUGAGUGCUUAUCACCGAUGGGGCCAGCCUCAGCUUUAUUCUAAUGAAGACGGUGUUGACGCUCAGACUAAACUAUGUAAUCUCUUAUGCAGGAACGCUGGAAUGUGUCCCCAGUUUUGCCCCUUCCCAACUGACCAAAGCUAUGGAUAUGGCAAGAGAUCUGCUGCCAAUUCAUUGGAUGAACUCAGUUGGGAUGACUACCUGUUAAAGAGGACAAUGGGCAUGGAAUCUAAGAAAUGAACAUUAUCACAGAGUGGUUUCCAGAUGUAGACGCCAUUAAUGAGGAAUCUUCAGAUAUAUACGUCACUACCUACAGAUUGUUCGGUACACUAUGUCAUCACAGAGGGGUAUUUUUAAAUAUUAAGUCAUCACAAAGUGGCACCUUAACACUACGUAUGUCAUUACAAGUUUAAUCUAGACAUCAGCACCAUUACAUAGUAUUCCUCAGAGGUAUCCACUAACAUUAAAGUUAUUACAGGAUUUUUUUCACAAAUACAUCAUCAGACAUAAAAAAGAUCAUAGAGGGAUUUUAAAUUGAA